AAAACCUCAGGACUAUUUCUUUAUAAUGUAGAAGAUAUACUAGGACGUGGAGCCACGGCUGUGGUUUAUAAAGCUGUGAGAAAGGACAAUGGAGAAAAAUGUGCUGUAAAAGUAUUUCAUGAUAGGGUCACAUAUCAUCAUUCAUCAUUACCGAAGAGGGAGUUGGAUAUCGUUACGAGGCUAAAUCAUAAAAAUGUAAUACACAUUUUUGGGAAUGAUGUUGAUUCCUCGGGGAACCAUGUACUUGGUAUGGAGUAUUGCCGUGCUGGAAGUGUCUUCACACAGCUUGAUAAACCAGAAAAUGCAUUCGGAUUUCCUGAAGAAGAAUUUUUAAGAGUCCUGAAUGAUAUUGCUCAUGGCAUGCACUAUCUUAAACAAAAUGGAAUCAUUCAUCGUGACAUCAAACCAGGAAACAUCAUGAAAUUCAUUGAUGAAGAUGGCAGUUCAAUCUACAAACUGACCGAUUUUGGAGCCGCCAAAAAAGUUGAUGAAAAGGAAGAAUUCACAUCUAUAUAUGGCACAGAAGAGUAUCUAGAUCCGGACAUGUACAAUCAAGCAGUGCUGAAAAGACAGUUCAAAGAUCAUGGUCAGACGUUUACAGGGAAUGUUGAUAUUUGGAGUCUUGGUGUGACUUUGUACCAUGUGGCAACAGGACGCCUCCCGUUUAUGCCACAUGGUGGAAGGUCCAACUCCUACACAAUGCAUCGUAUCACCAAGGAAAAGGAGUCUGGAGUGAUAUCAGGUAUUCAGCGUACUGCUGAAGGGCUGAUUGAGUACUCGCGUCAGCUUCCGAAAACCUGUGUCCUAUCACCAUGUUUGAAGAACCUGAUAGUUCCAGUGCUUGCAGGCUUGAUGGAGAGCACACUGCCAUUACGGUGGACAUUUGAGCGGUUCUUUAAUGCUGUCAACAAUAUACUUGACAUGAAGGUCAUCAAAAUGUUCGAAUGCAAUUCGGGAUGUAACCUCCGGAUAUAUGUCGCAAAAAGUGACAGAUAUGCCAGUUUUCAAGAAGUACUAGCUCGAGAAACAGACAUCCCAGCAGUUGAACAGCUGAUCUUGUACGACAACAGAGAACUGUGUGAAAUUGUUGAACAAACUAUGGAGGUCCAUCAGUACCCAAAGCGUAUUCUCACAGGACAACUCUUCCUCUAUAGUCGUGAAAGGGUUGACAGGCAGAAGCUAGCUCUUCCAGAGAUUCCUUCUUUCCCUAGCAUGCCGGAACAUUUUGCUGUUGACAAGGACUCGCACUACCUUCAUAAGAUCUGUGCCAUUGCAUGCCUCAUCAGUAAAUCCAUAUCCAACAUCAUUCACCAGCAAGAACUAAUGGAACAAGCAGAGACCCAUUUAAGGGAUUUCAUUUUUCAAAUCAUCAAACGUAUCAACAGUUGUGUUCCUGACAUGUCAGAACACUUGGAGGAAAAUGAGAAGCAUCAAGACACAUUCUUCCAAAGUUAUUUAUGUUUGAAUGAACUCGUAUCAGUCAUAGAAGUAAACCACAGCCAUGGUACCACGCUCAAUAAAGCCAAAGUCAAACUGAGACAAAUCUUAAACGACGAAUCACCAAAAGAAGUUUUAAAGAAGGCAGUAAACCGCUGCAAAGAAGUUCAAGUGUACAUGAAAGUUCUAGUAGAAAAAAUGGCAGAGCAUGAGAGAGAUGCCAUGUUCAGUUAUGCCAGAUGCUCUGAAGAAGACUAUUGUGUCCAAAAGAGCAGUCAUUUAGUUACCCUACUGAUGGAGAUUUGGACUUUGUUUACAAAACACAGAAAGCAAAGGACACUUGCCUCAGAGGAGGAAUUCAUACACAACACUCAGAAAUUGAAGUCACAAGAAUAUUCAGCAAGACUUCUUUCCAUCCUUGAAGGCCAUUGUCGUAUCAAUGUCAUUCAAACGUAUGAUGUCACCACCAAACAAAUCAGCUUACUUCUGAAAAAUUUACAAAGGACUAAAAAAGUCGAUCAGAACAUCAGCAGUGUGAGGGACUGUCGCAAAAAGCUGAGUGAAAGAAUUGUCAAGAUGGAAAUGGAAUGUAAGAAAAUAGCUAAUGAAGCCAGGGAAGUUACCCAGCAGUGCUUAACGAACCCUGCUCCACAAGGCGCAUCAGCUAUGUAUCCCAUUGACACCUUGUCAUCUGGCACUCCGUUUAGUAACAUCAGUAUGGAGAAAAUCUCCCUCAGCAUGAAGUCACUGAUUGACAACAGGCGAGAGAUUAAUGACAUCAUGGCACAAAGCCACUCCAGUUUGGAAGAAUCUAGUCAUCUAAUGGAAUCCCUUCUUUCUCGGAAAAAAGCUGGACAACAUGAAGAUUCUGGUCCAUCUAGAAUGGAAAAAUCUGACGUUAAAAAGGUUACAUUUCAUUCAGGCAUACAGGCCACCUCUGGUGACUCUUGA